UCGGGAAGAAAUAGCCUGCUCGCACUCGCCAUAUUUUGCAUCCGACGAAAAUGAAUCGAUUUUAAGAUUAUUUACUUUAUUCUGUCGGCUGAGUUUACUUCUGAAACGAUGCGUGAUUCUUAGUGCAAAGGCCACUUUACGGGUUCUUGUAGCCUAUUAGUGGAGACUGCAUUCAAACAAACCCUCGUCGUCCACUAUUAUGAACGGACCUCCUGCAGCCCCCAUGAUGAAUGCUAUGGGAAUGCUGGCACCUCAACCUGGCCUCCUUGGCAACCAGCCACUGCCUGCCUUGGUAAAUCCAGCAACGAAUGACGCACCUUUGGAGUUUAACAAAUCCAAAGCUGGCCUACCUCUGCAAGCUGGUGAGGGAGACGACCGUCGACCGCGCAGGAACGUGCAGCCGCCGCUGACAAUGGCGGCAACGGGCGCUCAGCAGCAGCCGCCGGUGUGGGCGCCUGGAGGAAUGAUGGGUAUGAGUUACCCACCGGCCAUAAUGGGGAUGAUGCCGAUGGGCGACCCCGCGGGCAUGAUGGGCAUGAGCCAGCCCCUGCCACAGCCGCUGCCGCAGGCCGGUGAGGCUGACGACUGCGGCCCCCAGUGGGGCGUGCCGCAGUACCCUGCUGUCAUGAGCGGAAUGAUCCCACCUGCGUCGGCCGCUGCCGCAGCCGCCGCAGACGGCGUCCUGCCUGGUGGCGUCGUCAAGGAGAUCGUCCACUGCAAGAGCUGCACCCUGUUCCCUCCCAACCCCAACGUGCCGCCGCCAACUACCAGGGAAAUCCCGCCAGGCUGCAGGACUGUUUUUGUUGGAGGCUUGCCUGAGAAUAUUACAGAGGAAAUCAUCCGGGAGGUGUUUGAGCGGUGCGGCGAAAUCACAACUAUUAGGGUUAGCAAGAAGAAUUUUUGCCAUAUUAGAUUCGAGCGUGAGCAGUAUGUCGAUAGAGCUAUUUACUUGUCAGGCUAUCGUAUUAGAAUAGGCAACCACACUGACCCACCGAACACUGGUCGAUUGCACGUGGACUACGCUCAAGCCAGGGACGACCUGUAUGAGUGGGAGUGCAGACAGCGACAGCUGCAGAGGGAGGCCAGACACAGAGAGCGGCUGGAGCAGGAGCGAAUGCGGCCGCCGUCUCCGCCUCCCGUCGUUCACUACACGGAGCAUGAAUCACAAGUCAUUGCUGAAAAGAUUAAGGGGGAAGAAUCUUUUGCCAAGGCUGUUCAGGUCGUCGUGACGUGGCUGGAGCGCGGUGACUGUUGCAAGAGGAACGCUAAUCAGUUCUACUCGAUGAUCCAGUCAAGCAACUCGCACGUGCGGCGGCUGCUGACAGAGAAGAUGCAGUACGAGGAUGAGCUGAACCGGGCCAAGGAGCUGACCAAGCAGAGGAUGCACGGCCUGUUGAUGCAAUUCGGUCAGAUCGAGCGAGUAUUCGCGGCGGCCAGUCAUCAGAAGGUUUGGGACCAUUUCACCAAGGCCCAACGCAAGAACAUUAGCAUGUGGAAGAAACAGGCAGGGGAGAUCCGGAGCAUGCAGCUGGAGGAGGCGGUGAACGAGCGCGCUGACGAGGAGAUGGACGUCUCGGACUCGGACAACGACCAGGACGACAUCGUCGUACUCAGCAGCAGCACCAUCUGCAGCAGCAGGAAGAAACCGCGGCUGGACGAGGUGGCCAACCUCAAGGAGGAGAACGACAAUCUUAAGUGCCAGCUCGAGGCCUACAAGAACGAGGUGGAUCUCAUUCGCGCCGAUCUCAAGACCGAUAACGAGCAACGUGACGCGCAGUUCAAGCUGCUGCAGCAGACCCUGCAGAGCACUCAGCAGCAACUGUUAGACGCAAACAGAAAGCUCUCCGAGAAGGACAAGUUAGUCAAAGAGCUGGAAGUGAAACUUAGCCUUAAUUGUGACCUGAAGUCGAGCUCGGACAGCGCCAAGGGUGACUCGAGCAGCGGACAGCAGUCGCCAGACGUGGACAGUGAGAUUGUCCCUUUGUCAGACCUCAAGUCGUCGAGCAUCAGCACGAACGACGCCAAACUGAUCGGGUUGAUCUCCAUGUUCCUGCACGUGCACCCGUUUGGCGCGGGCAUUGACUACAUCUGGUCGUACCUGCAGAAGGUGGAGCCGAACCUGCGCACCUCUGAGGUCGAGGCGCUGAUGAACCGCUUCCCGUCUGUAUUCAGGCAAGAACUGUCCGGAAUCGGUGCUAACAUGGAGCGAAAGUGGAUUUUUGCCGGCUUCAACCGUGCGGACUGAAAAUAGUGCAAACCGCGGCCACGCUGAAUUAGCCAUCUCUAAUGCGCUCGAUUUGAAACACUGACCGACGUCUACGUACUGAGUUUUAGAAAGAUAAUAAUAAAUAAUACAAAAAUAUGAAGGUUUUGUGAUCUGAUCAGCUUAGGAGUCUGCCAUAUUUUCUCAUCAGUAUAGGCCCUAAUCGAUGGUCUCUAUUGUGUUUACGCUGAGUGAUUUAUUACCUUCUCAUUUACUUUAUUUCAAGUUACCUUAUGUUAUUUAAAUGCUUUGUAUUCUUUACUCUAUUAUUAAAAUGACAAUUUAUAAAACUAAAA